AUGCAGAUAAUUCCGAAGUACAGUUCAUACAAAGAAGGCAUGGUGCAGGUCUCAAACCUUUCUAAGCCUGCAGUAGUCAGAGACUUGGAAUCUCCCUUGUCUCUUCAUCCAUGCCCACCGGCGCUUAUAAUUGUUGCGAGUGCCGGACAGGAGGCUGAUCAAGUUGCUGCACUGGAGCUUCUAAGUGCUGCGAAAUCUGCUAAUAAUCUUGCUGCAUCAAUAUUUUUGAAGCCCUUCUGUUUCGAGGGACAAAGGCGGCAAGUAGAGGCAUCUGAUUUGAUUGUUAAACUUCAAGCAUGCUCAAACUUUCACAUUGUUAUUGAAGCUGAUUCACUGCUUGAGACCGAAGUGGAGACCCUUGCUGAAGCUCUGGAAAGUGCCAAUAAUGCCGUCCUAUCGACUAUUAGCAUGAUAUCUAUCAUGAUGUCGGGAUUCAAUCAGAUGUUCUGGAGCUCCCCUGAUGCACAAAUUAAGGAAGUUGGUCCGGAGGAAGUAGGCAAACUACUCAAAUGCUACGGGGAAGCUAGAGUUGGAUUUGGUGCUGGCUAUAAUGUUCAAUCAGCUAUUAAGCAAGCUGUUCUUCAUUGUCCAUUUCUUCGUGAAGGCAUAAAGGAAUUGAACAAUGUGGUUUUCCUCUCCAUUACAACUUCUCGGGUAUUGGCUGAGAGUGACAUGAUAUCGACUCUACACAUGUUUCGUCGAGUUACCGGGUUCAGUGAGGAUAUUAUAUUUUCUAGAAAUUCUGAACCUGAUUUAGAGCCAAAACUCAUAGUAGUUUCUCUCCUAACAAUUAGAAAUAACCGUGGUGAAAAUGUUACCUCGGUAAAGGAGGGGUUCCUUUCGAGCUUGGCUUUGCGUUUUCCUUUUAUAUCCUCUCUUAUGGGAGGAGACACUCCAGAGCUUAAACAAGCUUGGUCAAAUAACUCAUUCAGGCAACCGCCUGAUAGUGGAUUGAGUUUGGAAGAACAAGGAUUGUCAAAAGUUUCAAGUGCUUCUAAUUUUAUUUCUGAAGAGAUGGAAAAUGUCAAACCUGAAAGGGAAUCUAAUAACAACAACGGGAGAGCACAGCCAGAGUUUCAAGAAGCUAAUUUCGAAUCUGAUGGAGAAAUUAAUAUAGAUGCUGGCAGAGUGGAUUUAAGUUCAGAGAAAGGGCAUAAUUUCUGGAGCAAUGCCCCUGCCUUUGCUAUUGCACAACUAUGGGCUAAAGAGCGUACAACAACAGAUAGAGGCAAUCGAAGUAAUGAGCUCGAUGUUAUCACUCUGCCUGUUGGUGUAAAAUCUCCUGAAUCUCAGUAUGAUCAUUCUCCAAAUAUACAGCCUGAAACUCGUAAUGCUACUGAUAGCACAUCGCCAGCUACUGGGAAUGCUGCCUCUAGACCCUCACUUUCUGAUGUUGGUUUGGAGAAAGUGAUGGAGAUAUGCAGUUCCGCAGCAGCACUCCUAAAGGGCAGAAUGGAUAAAUCUCGAAAACGUGGCUCAGCUGCCAGCCGAGCUGCAUCAAUGCUUGAUGCAGAAAGAGAACCCGAAAAAACAUGGAGCCCAGUAGUUGAAAUACAGUUUGGAGAAGGAACUUACAGAGGAAGAUGCCAAGAAGGUGUCCCUGAAGGAAAGGGACGCUUAACCUACAUGGAUGGCAGCUUUUAUGAUGGACUCUGGAGGUAUGGCAAAAGAUCCGGUUUGGGAACCCUUUAUUACAGUAAUGGUGAUGUAUUUCAUGGAACAUGGAGGGAUGGUCUAAUUCAUGGAAAGGGUUGGUUCUUCUUUCACAGUGGUGACCGUUGGUUUGCGAAUUUUUGGAAGGGUAAGGCUAAUGGCGAGGGAAGAUUUUAUGCCAAGGAUGGGAGCAUACUCUUUGGCCAUUUUCAAAAUGGAUGGCGCCAUGGGGAGUGCCUGUUGAUAGAUGUGAAUGGAUCAAGGUGGUUCUAG